AUGGUGGAUGAGGCACAUGAGAGAUCUAUCAGUACUGAUGUCUUACUGGGGCUCCUAAAGAAAAUUCGCCGAAAGCGACUUGAGUUGCGUAUCAUCAUCAGUAGUGCUACCCUACAAGCAAAAGAGUUUUUGGAAUUCUUCACAUCGAGCAGCGAUGGUCAAACCAACAGCAAGAACGGUGACAACGAGAAGAAAGAUGAGAUUGGUGCCAUCGUAAGUCUCGAGGGAAGAACAUAUCCCAUAGAUACACUAUAUCUAGAGUCACCGGCAGAAAACUAUGUCGAGAAGGCUAUCGAUGUCGUUUUCGACAUACACACCCAAGAAGGCGAAGGAGAUAUACUGGUCUUCUUGACUGGUCGAGAGGAGAUUGACAAUGCAAUACAAGCAGUCAGCGAGCGCAUGAUGGAUCUUGGUUCCAAGUACGGCCCAUUGAUGCCAUUGCCACUAUAUGCCGGCUUGUCGACAGAACAGCAGAUGUAUGUGUUUGACAAGUUAUCUGAGGGCACCCGAAAGGUCGUAUUCUCAACAAACAUUGCAGAAGCGUCAGUCACAAUCGAUGGAAUCGUUUUCGUGGUUGAUAGUGGCUUUGUGAAAUUGAGGGCAUAUGAUCCAAGGACAGGUAUAGAGUCACUCACUGCCACACCAGUUUCCAAGGCAGCUGCAUCUCAACGUGCUGGGCGUGCUGGACGAACAAAACCUGGAAAAUGUUUCCGGUUAUAUACCGAGCAAAGCUACCAAUCAUUACAAGAUGCCAAUAUUCCUGAGCUACAGCGGUCGAAUCUGGCACCUGUUGUUCUCCAACUCAAAGCUUUGGGUAUAGACAAUAUUGUGCGGUUCGAUUUUCUCUCUCCACCACCGUCUGAACUUAUGGCAAAGGCCCUAGAGUUGCUGUACGCCCUUGGAGCUCUGGACGAAUAUGCCAAGCUCACUCGUCCUAUGGGUUCGAGGAUGGCUGAAUUGGCUGUUGAGCCGAUGAUGGCCAAAACCUUACUGGCAGCACCAUCAUUCGGAUGCCUUAGUGAGGUGUUGACCAUCGCUGCCAUGACAAGCCUCGGAGGCAGUGUGUGGUUCUCCCACGAGGGCGAAAGAAAGAAGAUGGAAACAUCACGCAGGAAGUUUGCCGUCGAGGAGGGUGACCAUCUGACACUCCUCAACGCCUACCAAGCCUUUGUCACCAAGGGCCGGAAAGAAGCAAAGUUUUGUCACGAGAACAACCUCAACUACAAGUCGAUGAGUCGAGCGAUCAGCAUUCGAGCACAACUAAAACGGUAUCUUGAGCGAUUCAGUAUUAAUGUGGAUGAAACUCUCGCCGGUCAAGCAUCGUCGGAAGAUAACGCCAAAAAGGCAGAGCAGAUCCGCCGUUGUCUUACAUCGGGCUACUUUGCACAUGCGGCAAGGAUGCAGCCAGAUGGGACGUUUCGCAACGUGGAGGGUAACAUGGUUCUUCACGCACAUCCGACUUCACUCAUGUUCAACCGCAAGGCAGACUGGGUCAUCUUCCAUGAAGCGAUGGAAACUGGUAGCAAGAUAUUCAUCAGGGAUGUCACCAAGAUCGAGAAGACCUGGCUCCUGGAGUAUGCACCAGAGUUCUACCAGAUCACGACCGAUCGACGGGGAUGA